CGCAAAUCCGAAGGUUUGAUGAGAGGCGUAGAUGAAGACGACGUGAAUAUUUGAUGUAGUCCAAACAUCCGCAAACAUGUCAACACACACACUUUGCCAUGACUCGCGCAUGGUACGCCGAGCAGUCAUGGGUCCCAUGAAUAAGGUAUCAAACUUGCAGGACGGCUUGGCACCCCGCGAUUGUCGGGCGUGAAAAAGUGUGAGCGACAUAAACCACCAAAAAAAAAAAGUUUCGUAGAUGGCUUUCCACGCGCAGCGGUCACAACAAACAAACACCACAAAGCACACACCGCGUAUCACAAAAGCAUGACGACCAUCAUCAAGGUCCCGUGCUCGUCCGCAAACAUCGGCCCCGGGUUCGAUGUUAUCGGACUCGCGCUCAGCGUCUACCUCGAGCUGCACGUUACCAUUGACGCAUCCGUGUCGGGGCAGCCGCUGAAUUGUGUGCUUGAGUAUUCCGGCGUGGGCAAGGAGGACAUCAGUCUGGACCCGGAGAAGAACCUGAUCACUCGGGUGGCGCUGUAUGUCCUGCGAUGUGCUGGCCAGCGCGCGUUUCCAGCGACUACUCACGUCCAUGUCCACAAUCCCGUGCCGUUAGGACGAGGACUGGGGUCGAGCGCGUGCGCUGUUGUCGGCGGCGUCGCCCUGGCGAAUGAAGUCGGGAACCUCAAACUGUCAAGAGCGCGGAUGUUGGACUACUGUUUGAUGAUUGAGCGGCAUCCGGACAAUGUUGCUGCGGCGCUGUACGGCGGCUUCAUCGGCACCUAUCUCAACGAACUGUCCAAGGAGGACUUGGAGCGCAAGGAGAUUCCACUAGCAGAGGUACUCCCCGAACCAGCCGGCGGCAUCGACACCGGCCUCCAGCCGCCCGAACCACCGCUCGACAUCGGGCACUACAUGCGCUUCAAAUGGGCGCCCGAAAUCAAAUGCAUCGCCAUCAUCCCCGAAUUCGAAGUCGCCACGGCCAAGGCCCGCGAGGUGCUCCCGCAGUCCUACACCCGGCCCGACAUCAUCUUCAACCUCCAGCGCCUCGCCCUCCUCACCACCGCGCUGGGCCAGAGCCCGCCCGACGCCGACAUGAUCUACCGCGCGAUGCAGGACAAGAUCCACCAGCCCUACCGCCAAACCCUCAUCCCCGGCCUCACGGAGAUCCUCCAGAGCGUCACGCCCAGCUCCCACCCAGGCCUGCUGGGUAUCUGCCUCUCCGGCGCGGGCCCGACCAUCCUCGCCCUCGCAACCCACAACUUUGACAGCAUCGCGCACCACAUCACCGCCGAAUUCGCAAAGAACAACAUCGCCUGCUCCUGGAAACUCCUCGCGCCCGCCGAAGAAGGCACCACCGUCACCCACACCAACACCCCCUCACAACCCCAUCCCCAUCCCCAUUCCCCCCCCUCACAACCCCCCCUAACCUACGCCUCAACCGGCGUCUCCAUCACCACCGGCAACGCCCUCAUAACCCGCAUCAAAUCCGCCGUCUCCUCAACCCGCCGCCCCGGCACCGACGCCCUCAUCGGCUCCUUCGGCGGCACCUUCGACCUCUCCGCCGCAGGCUACACCCAGCCCCCAAUCCUCAUCGCCGGCAUAGACGGCAUCGGCACCAAAGUCAAACUCGCCUUCGCAACCAACACCCACUCCACCGUCGGCAUCGACCUCGUAGCAAUGAACGUAAACGACAUCGUCGCCCUGUCCGCCCGCCCCCUCUUCUUCCUCGACUACUACGCCUGCGCCACCCUCGACCUCGACGCCACAGCCUCCUUCAUCGAGGGCGUCGCAGCAGGCUGUCGCGCCGCAGGCUGCGCCCUCAUCGGCGGCGAAACAGCCGAAAUGCCCGGUCUCUAUGCGCGAGGCGAAUACGAUGCCGGUGGCGCCGCCAUCGGCGCGCUCGACCGCGACCAGCGCGUCCUCCCCGACACGGCAAACAUGCAAGCCGGCGACGUCCUCCUCGGGCUCGCGGCCAGCGGCGUACACAGCAACGGCUUCAGCCUCGUGCGCGCCAUCGUCGAGCGCGCAGGCCUCGCAUACUCCGACCCUGCACCCUUCGACACAAACACCAACCCAGCACAAACCCUAGGCCAAGCCCUCCUAACCCCAACCCGCAUCUACGUCCACGCCAUCCUCGCCGCCACCCAGCGCAACCUCCUCGAAGGCAUAGCCCACAUCACCGGCGGCGGGCUCGUAGAAAACAUCCCACGCAUGCUCCCGCCGCAUCUGCGUGCCGUCGUCGAUGCAUCUGCGUACCCUGUGCCGCCGGUGUUUAGGUGGUUGAAGAAGGCGGGGAAUGUGGCGGAUGGGGAGUUUGCGCGGGUGUGGAAUACGGGGUUGGGCAUGGUGGUUGUUGUUAAGGAGGGGAAUGUGCGGGAGGCGGUGAGGGUGUUGGAGGGGGAGGGGGAGAGGGUUUUUGUGGUUGGGUGGUUGGAGGGGAGGGGGGAUGGGGUGGAUGGGGAUGGUGGGGAGGAAGGGUGUCGGGUGGUGAAUGUGGAGAGGGCGUGGAGGUGA